AUGCCCCCCAAGCCCAAGGGCACAGUCAAGGCAUCCUCCGAUCCCAAAGAACAACCACCGCAGCAGCAACAGCCGCCAGCCACCGUCGCGGAGCGCACGCAGCAACGCUUCCACGCCACGAAUCCUCUCGCCGGACGCGUCCAGACCUCGGGCCUGUCCUCACUGACUCCCGCCGAAAAAAGGACCUUUGUCUACAGCGAGCUCGUGCAGCCCGUUGCGCAGCAGCGCGUCCCGCUUGGCAACCGCACGGAGCGUGAGUUCUGGAAGGCUGUCUCAAAAGAGGGCCUGCCAAUCCGCCGCCUGCGCGACGACUACGCCUGGGGUGUCGACAAGGCCGGCCGCGACGUCGGCGAGUAUUCGCUCGCGGAGCACGAGGCGCGCAGCGUCAAGCAGGCGACGCUGACGGCGCUAAGCCUGCUUUCUCAGCAGUUUCGCACGAAGCGUGACCUGGCUGUAGCGGCAAAGCGUCGUGGGGACGAAGAAGCAGCGACAAGGGACGUAAACGCAGAAGAGAUCGAAAAGGAAAAGACGAGACGGAAAGAGAUGGCGAAGCUGAAUCGAGAACUGUACGGAGAGAUUACUGGCUCCCUGGCCAGCGACCCGGAAUGGGAUGAUAUCGUUCCCAUCCUGCACGAGGAGCCCGAAGACGCAGUAGCGCGGAUCGCAUAUCCCGACGACUACGCAGAGGCCGUUGCCUAUCUCCGCGCCGUCAUGGUCGACAAAGAGCACUCACCGCGCACUCUCCGCCUCACUGCGCACAUCAUCGCCCUCAAUCCCGCACACUACACCGUGUGGCUCUACCGAUUCCAGAUUAUCAAGGCUCUGGAGCUCUCUGUUCCUGCCGAAAUCACCUGGCUCAACGCCGUCGCUCUCGACAACCUCAAAAACUAUCAAAUCUGGCACCACCGCCAGCUCCUCCUUGACCACUACUUCCCGCUCAUCUUCUCCGACGAGGCCGCUGUUGCCGCUCUCGCGCGUUCAGAGACCACCUUUCUCGCCACUAUGCUCGCAGAAGACACCAAGAAUUACCACGUCUGGUCGUAUCGCCAGUACCUAGUGCGGCGCCUCGACCUCUGGGGUCCGCGCGAGCUCGGCGCCACGCAGAGCCUGAUUGAGGAGGAUGUGCGCAACAAUUCAGCCUGGUCGCACCGCUUCUUCCUCGUAUUCCAGAAUCCCGACGCCUCGACGCCUGGCUGCGGACCCGCUGAGCACGAUCCUGCGGUGCCCGCGGCCGUCAUCGCCAGGGAGCUAGACUACGCCAAGGAAAAGAUUGUGCUCACGCCGCAGAACCAGUCCCCGUGGAACUACCUGCGCGCGGUGCUGGCAAAGGCGGGCAGGACACUAGCCAGCGAGCAGGCGCUGGCCGAGGGCCUCGUUGCUGGGGUGGGCACCGAUGAGGAAAGCGUCAAGAGCUCGCACGCGCUGGAUUAUCUGGCUGAUGUGUAUGCGGAGACUGGCGAAACGGACAAGGCGAGGGUGUAUCUGCAGCGGCUGUCGGAGAAGUGGGAUCCGAUCCGAGAGGGAUACUGGAAGUACAGAGCACAGCAAUUGGCCUAA